AUGAUGCUAGGCGAGCAACACCGUCCUCAUCCUUCCGUUCACGUUCCUCCGUGGACGGCCGUCGACGACAAUUCCUCCGAUUUCUACAGCCCACACUACGGCGGCGGCGGGAGCAAUGUCUCCUCCCCUGCUUCCGAUCACUACAAUCCCUUCUACGUCCAGGAAGCUCUGUCAGCGCUGCAGCGGUUCCUCCCCUCCAACGACCCGGAUUUGCACCCGGAUUUCGACAUCCCGGGUCUCGACCACGACUCCCAGGUCGACGCCUACUCCUGCGAUCACUUCAGGAUCUACGAAUUCAAGAUCCGGCGGUGCGCCCGCGGCCGCUCCCACGACUGGACGGAGUGCCCCUACGCUCACCCCGGCGAGAAAGCUCGCCGGAGGGAUCCGCGGAAGUACCAUUACUCCGGCACGGCAUGCCCCGAGUUCCGAAAGGGGAACUGCAAGAAGGGCGACGGCUGCGAGUUCGCUCACGGAGUGUUCGAGUGCUGGCUCCACCCGGCCCGGUACCGCACCCAGCCGUGUAAGGACGGGACUAAUUGCAAGAGGCGGGUCUGUUUCUUCGCUCACACGCCGGAGCAACUCCGGGUUCUGCCUCAGAGCCCGAGGAGUACCGAGUCGUACGAUGGAUCGCCGUUCCGCCAGGCGAUUGAGGCUUCCUGUGCUCGGACUCUGCCAUUCAUGACUUCGUCCCCGGGUUCUGUCUCGCCCCCCGAGACGGACUCGCCGCCGAUGUCGCCGAUGACGACUCAGCAGACGCUGAGCCGCUCGCUGGGUUCCAACUCGAUCAACGAGAUGAUGGUGUCUCUCCGGAACUUGCAGCUGGGUAAGGUGAAAUCCCUGCCUUCUUCCUGGAUUGGAGCCGGUGGCGGCGGUGGAGGGGGAUCCGGGUACGGGUCUCCUCGCGCCGGGUCGCUCCUCCGACCCGGUUUCUGCAGCGUGCCGACGACCCCGAGCGGGCUCGGGUACUCGGCCGAUUUCUGGGACAAAGUGUGCGAGGAAGAGCCAGCAAUGGAGAGGGUGGAAUCCGGGAGGGAUAUCAGGGCGAGGAUGUUCGAGAAAAUUAGCAAGGAGAACAUGCUUGAGCGGGGGGACCCGAGCCCGUAUUCGACGGUCGGAGGUCUGGACGUGGAUUGGAUUUCGGAGCUGGUUCAGUGA